AUGCAUUGUUUGCCAUGUAACCUAUCGUUCGAUUAUAUUGGCAAAUACGAGACAUUUAAAGAAGAUACAAUUCACCUUUUAGAUGUAUUCAAACUUUUAGAAAAAAUCAAGUUCGAUGACUUUGAAAAGGACGCCGCAUUGGACGCAAUCAAAGAUGCUGCUAGUUGGGUGUUUUCUCAGAAAGAAGAAAUAGCUGGAUGCGACGUACCGUUUGUUUGUGCUUUAUUUAGAGUUUGGAACAGGCUUCAAAGUCGAGGAUUUAUCAGUUUUAAAACAGUUUUUCCUUACAAAUCAGAUAGUGAGGUGCGAAACAUAACACGACAACAGUUUGAAUCUGCACUAACGAAUGCGCAUGACGAGAGUGCCUUAGAGCACCUACAAAACAGUCGACAAGCAGCGCUUGUACAAGCUUUGAGAUCACUUCCUAAAUCAUCAGUUAACUUGAUACAACGGGCAUUUAAAUUGGACUUUCUUGCAUUUGGAUACAGUCGAUUACCACUUGUAUCUAUUGAUCCUACAAAUUUGCAUGCGUUUGAGUACUUUCAAAAUUGUCCGCCUUCUUUCUUUUUGACAUAA